AUGCUCUUGCAAGAUCAUCACGAGCUUGACACCGAUUCGUCAGUCGACUUGGUCCUCGCCUCCAUGGCAGAGGAGACCCACCAGGACAGAAUGCAGGUUCCUGGCAUGUUGGACUGCGAAGGUGAAGGCUGGCCUCAGGAGUGGCGCACUUUUCGGUUGGCUGCCACGCAGGCUGCAGAACGAGGCUUUGCACGAUCUGCGGUUCUGGAGCAGAUGGCCGCCGAGAUUGAGAACAAGUGGGGUCACUGGCUAUGCCCUCGGCAGAAGUUCGGAGAGCAGUGCCAGAAGAGUUCGGACCUCAGCUUCGACUUCAUCCCCGAACUGCACAGAGAAUGCCGCGGCUCCAACAAUUUCGAGCGGUACCUGGUCAGGCACUACUUCAGAAAUGAUGCUUACAAGCCACUGGAGGCGCCCUCCGGCUUCUGCUUGUUCGGCUACGCCACGGCGCUGAUGGUCCUGGCCUGGCACCGGCUCCCUGAGCAGGUACAGCCCGGCUUGCGGUACACUUACAUGGCGCGGCACCUCCUAGGUCAUUAUCACUCCUUCGACUUUGUGGAGUCUUCCUCUUGGCCGGUUUCUUCUUUUUUGAUCUUGGUGAACUUCAACUCAGGAGGCAACUGGGUGCCACUGACUGCAGCUCCGGAGUAUUCACAUCCGGGUCAGUUCGGGCCAGGCUUCUAUUACGAGCAAAUGAUGUGGCGGGGGACUGAAGAGGCAGCGAAAGCUGUGCCUUCGGUCGCUUUUCGGCUGCCUGGGGAGGGCCGGCUGAGGGGGUCUCCAAGUCGGCCCCACCUGGUGGUCUGGCAGUUCUGCAUCCAUGCUUCCACAGCCGGCGAGGCCGUGACGAUGAUCACCCGUUUCCUCCAUGAUGACUACCAUGUCGAGUUUCGCGGCAACUCUCUUGCCACCAAAAUGUGCCGCAACUACCGGCCCAUGUUGUGCGCAGAGGGGCGCAACUUUGAAUUCUUGGGAUGGGUGUACAAGGUCGGAUCGAGCAUGCCCUUCCCGGAUCUCUCCUUGGCCUUCCGUCAGGAGAUGAUGCCCCAACUGUCAAGAGCCGACGUAUGGAUGUGCUCCAUUCCAGCUGUCUGGUGCUGGCUUCUUUGGGAUGCAGCGCAAGCGCACCCGGAUGCUUUAGGCCGCACCACCCCGAUCUUUGCAUAUCUAGGCUUGCCGAUUCUACAACAUGUGCAGCGACAUGAACGCACGGCAUUCUUAGAAGCUUUCGUAGCGCUGGGCAAGAGCGAGCGUACCAUCAUGGCAGCGAACAAUGCCUACUUGGCUGAGGAGGUGGCGUGGCAGACAGGCCUGCGAGUUCCAACAUUGAGAAUACAUGGGCUCCACACCAACGUGACGUACCUGCCCCUUCGCCAUUCCGAGGUAUUGAUAUCUCGGCCUGGAACCAGCGGUGGAUGGCAAGAGUGCAUUCUGAAUCGCUUCGUGGAUGCGAACCCUGACUAUGCACUACGGUUCGUGCAAUUCACAGACCUGCUGGACCCGCACACCACAGAAGAGGUCUACAACGACACACUCUCAUAUCAAAGUUUGUCCCGUUAUCGAGCUGUGGUGGCCUUUCCUUACGACACGUCCCUGAUGUUUUUCUGGGAGUUCUAUUCUAUGAACAUGCCGACAUUCGUGCCCUUCCAGCUCUGGCAUUGGGGCAUCUUUGGUCAGCACACGCGACCGGACUUGGGCGAUCUGCAGCUCCUGCCUGGGCGAGGCCCAGUGCUUUCGACGCUGACUCCGGAAGAGGACCGGAUGCCAAACCCCUUCUUCGACGGCUUUGGCGCUCUGGAUUUGCAGCGCGCCAUAUUCUGGUCCAAGUACACCGACUGGGCCAUGUUCCCGCACGUGCAGUACUUUAAGUCUUUGCCGGACCUCAUGAGUCAGCUGGUCACGGUUGACCUACAGGCCGUGUCCGCCGCCAUGAAGAAUUUCAAUGAGGAGUGUCUCGUCAAAAGUGCGGCUACAUGGCGAUACGUGGUUGAGCGCUUCCUAGAUUUGCGGAUGCCAGCUGCAUGA